AUGGACUUGGAUUCUGACCUCCCUCUCCGCUCAAAGCUCCUCGAUCCGACCAUGGCACCGCACACGAAGACCGCCCAGUCAGCUCCGAGAACCCCGAAGAAACCUACCCAAAUCGACCGAGUCAGAGAUGUCAUUGACAAGCUCAAUCGAGAAUACAAUCUCGCCAUCGAGAUACCCGAUGUGACACUUACACCGUCGUCAACCCGGCAGCGCGCCAAACAAGACACCGCUUUUGCCCGCAGCGAAAAGAUUGUCCGUGGCAUCCGAUUCCAUUGCUUCCAAAGCAACUUGCUGGACAGGAUUCUCGAUUCCUUUCACAUGGAAGCUAGAGCUGCCAGUGAGAAGUGGAUUCGGUUUGAUGAUGCCGAACCUGGAGGGGCUCCCAAGGCUGAAUCACCCGGCCAAUUAUUACAGUUGCAGGUACUUCUCGACGACAUAUUGGAUACGGCCUAUGCUCAGGUCAAGGCACCCAAAUUGACUCGGAAUCACACCGGACCAGCAGUCUUCGCCUCGACUGAAUCAAGCAAGUCAAAGAGGAGAUCCGAAAUAGACAGCAAAGCCGAAUCACCCAAGAGAGCCAGGGGAAGUCCCCUACGGGGAGAGGAGAGAGAAGGUGUGAUUUCCAAUGCUCUGGACAAAGUUCCAAGUCGUUCUCGAUCAGCAAUACCCGAAGCUAUGCCGGCUCAGUUCAUUAAGGAGGCCCCGAGGAUGAACAAAUCUUUCGAUACAUCCCUCUAUACUUCGACUUCGAUGCGCCAAAGCGUGUACGGGACUGUUUCCCGCACGACAUCUGCGAUCACUAGUCGGACGUCACUCUUUUCCAAGGCCGACGAUCGACUACCGGGCAGCCAAGAGACAGUCCCAGUUCCACUUGAGGAAGAAGAGAUGCGCCGCGAGUUUCUGGAUCAAGCACCAACUUCCUCACAGUCGCAGGACCUUUUCCCGGCAUCUUCCGGUCAUCUCGAUGCACUGAACAUCUCCUUCACAGAACACGAAGUAGAAUCCGCAAAGAAGAGGUCUAGAACACCAGCAGAUCUCAGUCGCGAACCACUCGGCAGCCCUUCUAAGAAACCAACCGUCUAUUCAGAGAUGGUUGGUCUUCAAAAUCCAUCCUUGUGCGAGCCCGUCUCCACUCCCCUCAAACGAUCUGAGCCGGUUGAUCUCCGAUCCCGUCUUGACGCUUCGUGGCCCAGAUUUCCUCGGUGGCUCAACCGCGCGCCGUUUGCUGUCGCAUGGGAAAUGACGCGCAUCGCAGUGCACUGUGGAGUCGACCUUGGAGAAGUGAUGAUGGACUAUGACGAAUCGUGGAUCAACUAUAGCCAACUGUGGAAGGCUCUCUUAGCCCACCCCGAUUUCGCUGGCAAAUCGUUUCCUGAGCGUCCCAGUACCGACGCCUGGGCUGCUGCCAUGUCUGGCUUUAACACAGUCCGAGGACAGCACGUAGUCUUUUCGGCUCGUUUUGAUCAAGUUCCUCGGGCGAAGAAAAAGGGCCCCAUGUUCUCACUGUCAAUGCAGCCCAUCGCCUUAGAUCAGGGCUGUCGUCUGCACCGCCAUUUCGGUUCUGAUCGGUUUCUCGAAAUCUUGAUCCCAAAUCCCAAAGGGUGGCAUGAACCCAUCAAAGAGCCUGAAGUGUCACAAGAGGUCGUCCAUUGGUUCUCCUCAAAGCGGCAUUACCUCGCAGGCAGGCAGUGGCGGGCAUUCUUCUCCAGAGAUGCCGGAUACAAGACGCCACAGAAAAACCUGAACAUGGGCCCUGAGCCAAAGCCCGUCUAUCAAGACAGAAUCAGUCUCUUCGCCGAGAACGGCAACAACUUCCAUGUAGCUCUCCCUCUUGGGAAAUCUUCUCAUGACAACCCUCGGGAGUUUAGGGUCAAGCUCAGCACUGGAGAGAUGCUUGCCUGGCUUCUUCAAUUUGAGCACAACAAGGAACAGCCAUUUCUCAAGUUGUUCUCCCGUAUCCAGCUUGGUGAGAGAGGGGACAUACAAGUCUGCAGUCUGGAACGUCUACUGAUCCGCUUCACAGGAUUGAGCAAAACGACGCCAGUGGUCGUUCUCGAGCCCGACCAAAUACAUCACCGGUCAAAGGACAUGCGCUCGCCCACCGACAUGGUCAUGAACGACGGAAUCGGCCUCAUGUCUCGCGCACUUGCCCGGAAAGUCAGAGAUGUUCUCGGACUAAGUGAUGUUCCGUCUGCUGUUCAGGGUCGCUUUGGUUCUGCCAAGGGUAUGUGGAUGAUCGACGUCCUUGGUGACGACGAUAGCCUGUGGAUAGAGACGUGGCCAUCUCAACGGAAGUGGAAUUGUGACUAUGUUGAUCCAGAGCAUCGCACGCUCGAAAUUAGUGCUCAUUCAAUGGAGCCACGAUCUGCUAGCCUCAACAUCCAGUUCCUUCCAGUCCUCGAAGAUCGAGCCAGAGACAGAGAAGCGAUGAAAAUAACCAUUAGCAAAAUCCUCGAAGACGAACUUUGUCGUGCGCUAGAGGAGCAAAAGCACGCGAUGAAAUAUCCCUUGGAGUUCCGCAAAUGGAUCGUUGAAAACUCUUCCACGAGAAAGCAGCGCCUGACCUUUGGACGGGUGCCUUUCUUGGCUGGUCUUCCGGAGUCACCAGAAGAACGCAUGAGCUUCCUUCUGGAUGGUGGAUUCGAGCCAAUGAAGCAGAAAUACCUUCAAGAGAUUGCCUGGACGCUAAGGCGAAACAAGUGCGAAAAUCUAUUGAAGAAGAUGAGCAUCAAGGUGCCCAACUCAGCGUACUUCCUCAUGGUGAUGGACAUGUGGAACAUACUCGAAGAGGACGAAGUGCACGUGUGCUUUUCGUCGAAAUUCCAGACCGAGACCUUUUCGGACUCCAUGCUCCAUGGUUGCGACGUUCUCGUGGCUCGUUCUCCAGUGCACUUUGUGAGCGAUGUUCAGAGGGUGAGGGCUGUAUUCAAACCGGAGCUACAUGCUCUCAAAGAUGUCAUUGUUUUCUCAGCUAAAGGAAACGUCCCUCUAGCGGACAAACUGUCAGGUGGUGACUAUGACGGCGACAAGGCAUGGGUCUGCUGGGAGCAAGCAAUUGUGUCAAACUUUGAAAAUGCAGAGGUAUCGCCAAGCCCCGACUUGUCAAGCUACUUGAGGAAAGACAAAACAACUUUUGGGGACCUUGUUGAAGAGCAGGGCGAAAAAGCUAUAUCGGAAAUGAUCAACCGCAGCAUUGCCUUCAGCAUGAAGCCUAGCUUCUUGGGUAUUGCAACCGCCUACAAGGAGAGACUUUGCUAUCACCUGAACUGCGUGAACAACACUUACGCCCUCUGGUUGAGCGCCCUCCUUGGCAACCUUGUUGACCAGGCCAAACAGGGCUUUGACUUUACGGCGGAAGAUUGGCAUAGGUUCUGCCGAGAGCGGCUCGACAGUCACCGAUUUAACGGGUUGCCAGAGCCCGCUUACAAGUCUGAGAGUUGGUCGCAUUCUGGUACACCAGUCCACAUAAUUGAUAUUUUAAGGUUCGUGGUGGCGAAGCCAGCCAUUGAAAAGGAGCUGGCAAAGUUCCACAAGUCAAUGUCCACGAGGUCGAACGAAUUUGGGUAUGAGCUGCGAUCUCUUCGCUCGACCAAAGCUAGCGAAGACGAGCUUAUAGCGGAACUGUGGGAUCCUGACCUUGCCAAGCUUCACGAAGAAUUUGGGAAACUUGCAACGGAGAACUUGGCGUUGAAGAAGAUUUUGCGAAAUCUCAAGACCGACUUGGAAGGUGCUGAGAAGAGUUGGAGCAAAAAGGUUGGCUCGAGCAAAGACAAGGAUAACACGAACCGCGCCAUACUCGAAGUAUAUGAAGAAUGGCGCUCGAUUCGACCCCGUCCAGAUGGUGCGCUUGAGCCACUGACCGACGCUAUACUGAGGCAGACGUACGCGAGCGAGGACCACACCACCUGGGCUUUACUGCGUGGCAGUACAACAUUCAAGAUGUUUUACAACCGCAAAACAACGUUUGCUUGGCGGAUGGCGGGCAUUCAACUGCAGUUCAUCAAGGCAAUGGCUACAGCAGGGCCUGACAGAGUCCUUGUCCCUGUGGUCCCGAGCAUGUAUGCGGCCCUCAAGCCGGACGGCAAGUUCAUCACCCAGGCCACCUCAAAAUUGAGGGAUGAAGGGUCCGAGUAUCCAGGUCUCGACUCUGACGGCGAGAAUGACUGGGAUGGUUCUGCUUCUUCCCAAAGCAUGACUUGGGAUCAGAAAGACUUGGAGCUUGGAACGAAAGAACUCAACGGAGCUAUGAUAUGGAACGAAAGAAAUGCGAUUUGGAAUUGGCUUCGAAGCGGACAUGUACGGCCGUUGUUUUUCCUGAUCGUGGCGAGUCCCUACCUUUGUUUUUCUCCUCCUGAAAACUUUGCCCAGAACACAGAAUCGAAUCCCUCAAGCAUAUCCUUCUUCACCAAGGCUUUCAGCUCACUCGCAAUGUCAUUAUCACUCCCGUUCAAACGAGAGGGCCAGGACCCGGAGAUCAGGCCCCUGAGUAAGAGAAGCAUUAACAUGGCAUCGUCGACGCGCUCUAAUCAAUCACCCGCGCCACCGGCAUUGGUUCGAGCAAAUAUCGCCCCCGAUGCGCCCUUUCCCUCCGGCAAGAGAAGUAGUAAUUUGCAUCGAUCGGCAGCCCGCCACACGCGCAGCUCAGAUGCAUCGUACUCUGUGCGCGCGGACGAUAUCAUCUGCAAAGAUCCCUCGCAGUGUCCCUACGGUCCCGAUGCGGGUCUUCAUUCUGUCUUCAGACAUGAUCAUCCCCACGGCAAGAAGAAGGCUAAGUGUGCAGACAAGACUUUCGAGCUGUUGCAGGAUAUGGAGCGAGCUUCGGCUGAGCGGGAGGCCAAGGCCGAGGGUCAGACGCGGCCCGGCUCUACUUCUGACCGGCGUGAGCCGGUCAUAGUUUGGAUGGAUGGGGAUACAGGACUGAAGAUGGAGCCUCCCAAGGAAGCAGUGAGGGCCCACCAAUCGUACUGUAGGAUCAAAGUUGACGGGGUGGAGACGGGCUCCCCAAUUACUGUUGGUCCUUUCCAUCGGUCUGUCCUUGAGACCAUGAUACAGGACCUUCCCGUUGCGCCAGGACAGGCCCAGAGGGGCACCCCUGGGACUCGGGUAAGCCAUGGCCCGCCUCCUCCUCCUCCUCCUCCUCAGCAGGAGAAUCAAAGUCCGGAACCUUUCCUCGCGGCUGGCGGCCGGACUCUCCCGCGCAACCCGGUUACCGAGCAGACCGAAGCCGAGAAGCGUAAGGUAAUGGGGGAGGUAUUGUUCCAGAUGACAGAUUACUAUCGCCAGAAGGAAUCUAAUUCGAAACAGCCAGUCGUAGAUAUGCAGCGCGAGGGAGCUGCGUUCGCGUUGAACAGUCAAGAGCAUUUCCGACAGGCAGCGGAGACUGCUCGUCAGCGAUUACAGCAGCAGAAGCUCCUCGCGAAGAAGGCGCAAGAAGAAGAGGAGUUGAAGAAGGAGGCGCUGAGACGGAAAGAGCUGCAGCGACAAGAGUUUGAGCAGCAGCAACAGCAGCAGCAACAGCAGCAACAGCAGCAACAGCGAGAGUACCAGCUUAAGCUGGAGCACGACGAAGCGCGAGCGCGCAGACGGAUUCGAAUGGAAGAGCGCAUCACCAGGCACCUGGAGCGAGAGGUCCAGAUGAAGCAGCAGCAACAGUACGAGCUUGAGCAGAAGCAGAGGCAGGAAGAACUGCAACGGCAAGAGGACUUUGCCAAGCAGAGACAGCUGGAGAAGCAUCAGUUCGAGAUGAAGCAGCGUCAGGAGUUCCAGGUCAAGCAGGAGCAGCAGCAAGAGCAAGAAGAGCACAAGCUCAAGCUAAAGCAACAGCAGCAAGAUUACGUCGAGUUGCUGUUGAAGAACGCGCAAGAAUGCAACCACGGGAACGAGAAGUGGCAAGAGGAGGAGAGGCAGAAGCUGCAGCAGAAGCAGGCAGAGCUGCACCGUCAGGAAGAGCAAGCCAAGCAGAGGCAGAGAGAAGAGUACCAGCGCCAGAUGAAGCAACUAGAGGAGUAUCAACUUCAACAAAAGCAGCAGCAGCAGCAGCAGCAGCAGGAACAAGACCUCGAGCGCAGGAAGAAAGCAUCACAAGAACUUCGGCUCAAGCAGCAGCAGCGCCAUGAAGCUCUGCUCAAGAGCAAGCAGGAGCUCGAAGCGCUGCAGAGUGGAGUCAGACAGCGUGAGGCCGAGCUCAUGCAGAAGCAGCGACAAGAGUACGAGUUCAAGGAGAGACAGAAGCGAGAGGAGCAGAAGCGGGUCCAGCUGAAGCGGCAGGCAGAGUACGAAGCCAAGAAGCAGCAGAUUGAGGCUUCUGACGUCUCAUCUAAGCCUGUUUACAACCCUGAGCAGGGGUAUGCCGAUAUGAUUGAGAUGAUCAAGAACUGGCAGCUCUCGGCGACGAAGGGCAUCCAUUCCAUCUCGGAGGAGUUGGGUCGUAUCUCUGCUACCGCGGCCAGAGCGGAGGAGCAAAUCGACCGGGACGCCGUUUCAGUGGAGAUUCGUCACGAGCCCGAGACUGUGGCCAAGUCGGAUGAGGUGUCAAAGGCACCAGAGGUUGAGGACGAUCGUGAGAUUCCUCCAUUCUCGCUGAGCUCUCCCCUAUCUCCUGUGAUUGACCCUCACAAUUGGUCCAGCCCAAGUCAAGGCAUAGUGUAUAGGCUCAAGAAGGAAGACGAUGUCCAGGCCUUUGACUUUGUCAGCCAUGAGGAUGCGCUAGACCCCACGGAAGAGUUCGUCAUCACGGAGCCUAUGAACUGCUGCAAGAAUGGCAAGAACUGCAAGAAUUGCGACUGCCAGAAGCCCCCACAGGCUGGCAUUGCUAGGGCGUGCUCAAAGUUGCAUACUUGGACACAGGGAUUUGGCGGGCUGACACUGGGGAUCUGGGAUCUUUCUUUUGCCAUGGAUAGUGUUAUUGUAUUGUUUUUCGGGGGUUUAUCAGUUUUCUACGUGUUUUUGCUAUCAUGA